AUGGCUGCGAACGAGUCAACAUAUCAAUUCGCUUUGACAGCAGAAGAAUGUGCGAUUAUACGAGCUAUACGGGCUGUUGAGCGAAGCAUCAUGCCCACCAAGCAGAUGACGUUACAUCAAAAGCUGGAACUCCACCUCACAGACCAAGACGGAGACUCAUUGGGCAGCUGUGAGGUCAACCCCGAGAACAUGGUGAUGGAGUUUGUCAGCGCAGCAGCCGGGUUUCUGAAUGAGUUAGUGGGGAAACCUGUUCAAAAAAAGAAAGCGCGGGUUGAGGCCGACAAUGGUGUUCACAUUGACGACUGCGACUCUGUUCUGGGCUCAGAGACCCAGGACUCCCCUACCCAGGACUCGCCUGACAACUUGCCGCCUGAGCAGGCUGCUGGAGGAAAGACCGCGUCGUGGGAGGCGAUAAGAGAGGCCAAUAUCCCACCUUGUGUUAAGGAAAUCAGUUUCACUAUCAAUGACGAGGAUCUGGUUCCAGAACUCCGCGAAAAACUGAAGUCUAGCUAUUCCGGUGUUACCAUCGUAUCAUCAGGCAUAGUAACCGAGAAAGAAAGGGCCUGGAAGGCUCUGACGACAGAGAGACCCGACGGGAUCAAGCAAAUGAUCAUCGAGCUCGACGAGACAGAGAUUGCCCAAACCCCGGAGCUAGAAAGCAACCUUCGGAAGAUGUACCCAUGGGCGAUGAUCGAAGCAAGGCCCGGUCCAAACAUAUCCCGAAAGCGUGCGAGAAGGAUGACGGACAGCAAUGUUGCGACACCACAUAGGCCAGACCCAGUCAAACACAUCGAAGACUUCGCCGCUUACGUUAUAGAGUCACCCUCUGAGGACGAGUUUGGCUACAAGUAUCCCAUAGGCGAAGGCUGGGAUCGUCUUCCGUACUCGCGGAAAUUUGAGAUUGCCCAUGCGCGGGCGAUCCAACACUAUCACGGCAAGGUAGUUGAUGGCAAAGGAUGCGGCUACUGUGAAGCCCAUGGUUAUCACUGUAAAGUCUAUCUGCCACAACUUGGCAACUUGUCUCAUAUGACGUUUGGUCAUUCUUGCCAGCACUGCCGGCUCAGGCAAAUACAAUGUGACCUUCCUGCUGCCAUGAAAGAUCAUCCGAACACGCCUAGAGCACCAAGCAUGCUCAGGCUUGAUACGCAGAACACACAUCACCACGGAGAAGCAGUCAGUACUCCACCUACGACGACCACAUCCAGAUCCCUGGCAUCGAGAAUAACGGCGCCCGAUAGAAUACUACCUGAUGCCGGAGAAGAGGAGGAUGAUAACAAUGAUACUCCGGAUAUUCUGGAACUGGCAGACAUGCUCCAACUCGUCGAGAGUUCAAAUCUCAAGGUGAGAAGAGUUAUCUAUUCGAUGUACGAAGUCUUGAGGGAAACAAACAAAGUUGAGCCAUUCGGAAUGUAUCCCUCAACUCUCGCUCAGUAUUACGAGAACCUGAUCAAUCUUUACAUACUCACAUAUCUGCGUGAAGAGUACGAUUUGGCCUUUGUCGUUUUGCUUCGUUUCCAGAGUACAAAUUGCCAGGAGAUGACACAACUACCCACCAUAGACACCGUCGUACGCGCUUUUGAGCACCUUCCAACCCAUGCUCCGCUUUGCCGUUGGAUAGAAAUAUCUUACAGUUUUCUCUGGGAUACCCAAGCACAGGGUGAAUGGGACGUGUUUAUCAACACAAACCCAGAUGUGAAGCCAAAGUUCCAUUCACUUGCCAAGCUUCUCCAUGGAAUCUGCUACAUACGUGAUCCAUUCACUACUGGAGGCGAUAUCGCAGUGCGGAAGCGAUGGUGUGAGGUUCACAACCAUCUGGCGGAGGCACCUCACCAGAAAAGGGCUUGCGAAAGGGUGACGGCAGAGUUUGGGGACUCUGCCGAAGAGGCAGAGAAAAGGUGGAAACAGCACGAGAUACAGCAGGCAAAGGAGAAGCUGGCACUUUUAGAGAACGGCAACAGAUGGGGUGAUACCAUAGGCUCUAGUACACCACGUGUUGGCGAAAAGAGAAGAGCUGAAAGUUUCGCAAUGUCGAGACCCUUUAGAGGCGGCAGGGGAGGGCGAGGUAGAGGGCGAGGGCGGGGUCCAAGCAGAUGA